CUCAUCUUAUGCGGUUGUAACAAUUUACUACAACUGAGCUGAGGAUCUUCUACUCCUCUCAUUAUCUUAUCUGCAAAAGAUCACCUACAGGCUACAGCAAUUGACAAAAAAGAUACCAAAAUGAUUGGUUUGGGCGACAUCGUUAAAAUGUUAUGUUCAGACGGUGUCCUAAAAGCCUGCAAAACUGGCUGGUCUCACGUUGGCUAUGUGAUUCACUAUAAGAAGUACAUUCAAAAACUUCAAGAUGAAAUUAUAGGGCUUGAAUAUGAUUGGAGAAGGAUUGAUGGAAGUGCCCACAGAGCCAGAGACGAUGCAAGAGUUGUUGAGAAUGAUGUUUGGCAGUGGCUAUUGUCUGCGUAUGGAAUGCAAGCAGAAGUUGAGGUGUUUCUACUAGACAUGGUAAGGGAAAACAAUUGGUGUUUCAAAUGCUCGUGUCCAAAUAUAUAUUGGCGUUACUGGCUAGGCAAGGAGUCCAAAAAGAAGACCACUCGUGUUAUUAAUCUAAAAGGGGAGGGCGCCAAGUUUAUGACAUGCCCAAUGUCACACCGCGCACCUCUCCCAGAUGCUGGAUUCACAUUCUCUGCAAAAUAUGAAGCAAUUCAACGAAACGCAUCUUUGAAGAGAUCAUGAAAACAUUGGAAGAUCCAAGCAUUAAAAUGAUUUGCAUUUACGGACCAGGUGGUGUUGGCAAGACAACAAUGGUGGAAGAGGUUCGCCAACUAGCAAAGAGAAAUAGGCUUUUUGAUUCUGUUGCCAUGACAACUGUGUCCAAAGGUGUGGUAAAGGAAAAAGUUCAAGGUGAACUCGCAAGUCAACUAGGACUAACGCUAGAUAAGUUUGGAAGAGCAGGUAAACUAUUGAAUAGAUUGAGCAAUGGGCGAAAAAACCUUGUAAUUUUGGACGACGUUUGGGAGCCACUUGAUUUGGCAGAGCUUGGAAUUCCUACUACAGAUGGUGGUGACAAUGAGCCACUUAUUAACUUGCCAGAAAUUGGAAUUCCUUUUACAAAUGGUAGUAACAUGGUCUGCAAAGUUGUGAUAACGUCACGGAAACAACGUGUGUGCCAAAUGAUGCAAAAGUCUAAUGAACUGAAAGUUUUCCCGAUCGAAGUGUUAAGAGACACAGAAGCAUGGAGCCUAUUUACGAAGAUGGCUGAAAUUUCAGUUAACUCUGGAAUACCCCCUGCAGCAGAAGACGUGUGUAAUGAAUGUGGAGGCUUGCCAGUUGCUAUAUGUGUAGUUGCAGCUGCAUUAAAAAGUAAGAGCAACUAUGUAUGGAUAGAUGCACACACACAGCUAAAAAUUCAAAGCUGA